AUGUCAGAUUUUCAUCAUGAAGACGAAGGUAUUUUCAAGAAUAACCAAACGUCAUUGGUAUAUUUAAAGGACGAUUCCAAGGAGAUUAACUCGUCUACUACUGGUUCUCAAGACGGUGGUACCACUAACAAUUAUAGUGGCAGGGGUGCCGGCGGUAGUGGCAGUGGCAGUGGCAGUGGCAGUGGCAGUGGCAGUAGCAGUAGCAAUGGUACAGCAUCAAAGCACUCGAAAAGGGCCACGGCUCAGGAUUUGUUGCAUGCUAAACCGCCAACUUUCAAGGCUAGAAUACAGCGAUGGCUUUUUCUCCAUAGUUUAGCUGAUAGACCGCAGUAUAUGCAAGAGAUUUACGAUCGCAUACCAAGAACAAUAUUUUUCAACUACGAGUUGCCCCAAAGUAUGCAAGACGAUCAGGGGCACCCCAUUAUAGAAUACCCCAGGAAUAAGAUCAGAACUACAAAGUACACGCCGAUAUCAUUUUUGCCCAAAAAUCUAAUUUAUCAAUUUACAAAUUUGGCAAAUUUUUACUUCUUGUUGAUUGUCAUAUUGGGUGCAUUUCAAAUAUUUGGUGUCCCGUCACCUGGUUUGGCCGCUGUUCCGUUAAUUGUGAUUGUUUGUAUAACGGCAGCUAAAGACGCUUUUGAAGAUUACAGAAGGGUAAUCUUAGACGCGGAGUUGAAUAAUAGUCCUAUACAUUUGAUGCAAGGAGUUAAAAACCCCAACGUCGAGUCAGAUAUAGUUGGUCCAUGGAGGAGGUUUAAAAAGGCUUGUACUCGAGGUACAUGGAAAUUUUUCAAAGGUGUUAAAAAGAGUUGCAUAUACAUUUGCGGAAGCAAGCGACAAAAGCAAAUGUAUAUCGAGGAACAAAAUUACCAAAACGACUUGGCCUUGCGUAGAGUAAGCACGGUUGUUUCUGAUUAUACCUUACACUCAGAUCAUCCUAGGUAUAGUAUGCAAUCUCCAAGGAGAAGUAUGCAGUCGCAAAGGAGGAAAUCAAAUCAAUAUCAGCCGAGAAGAUCAUUUCACGCAUCAUCAUCAACAACAAAAGCUCUACCCAACUCACUACUCAAUCCUAAGCUCAAAGAAGAAAACAGCCACAAUGCAGAAAUGAGUAGAGCAAAUUUCAAAAAUAGAUGCUGGAAAGAUGUUCACAUUGGUGAUAUGAUAAGAAUUAGAGCAAAUGAAGAAGUUCCUGCUGAUGUCAUAAUUAUCUCCUCAUCGGACCUCGAAGGUAAUUGCUACAUUGAGACGAAAAAUCUCGAUGGUGAAACAAACUUGAAGCAAAGGAAAGCUUUGAAAUGUGGUGGUAACAAUAAUCUCAAACAUUCUGAUGACUUGAGCGAUACUAAGUUUUGGGUGGAAUGUGAUGCUCCAAAUCCACAUUUGUACACUUUUAAAGGAACAAUACAUUACGAGAAUUAUGAUGGAGAAGGCAAUUUGGUAAAUGAAGAUGAAAAAGAAGCAAUUACUCCAGAGAAUGUAUUAUUGAGAGGUACAACUUUGAGAAAUACCAAAUGGGUGGUGGGUCUUGUUGUUUAUACAGGUGAAGAAACCAAAAUCAUGCUUAAUGCUGGUAUCACUCCAACUAAAAAAUCACGUAUCGCUCGAGAAUUGAACUUGUCAGUGGUUAUCAAUUUCCUUUUGGUAUUCAUAAUAUCCUUUGUUUCAGGUGUUAUUAACGGUGUAUAUUACCGAGCUGAUGAUAACUCAAGAGUGUUUUUUGAUGGGAAACCAUAUGGAUCUACUCCAGCAGUCAACGGAGUCAUUGCAUUUUUCGUCAACUUGAUUAUUUACCAAUCAUUGAUUCCUAUUUCACUUUACAUUUCCAUUGAAAUUAUCAAAACUAUUCAAGCGUUUUUCAUCCAUUCGGAUGUUAAAAUGUACUAUGCUCCUUUGGAUUUCCCGUGCGUGCCAAAAAGUUGGAAUAUUUCAGACGAUUUGGGACAAAUUGAAUUCGUAUUCAGCGAUAAAACGGGCACUUUAACUCGAAAUGUAAUGGAGUUUAGGAAAUGUACUAUAAAUGGGAAAUCUUAUGGAUUGGCGUACACAGAAGCAAAGCAAGGACUCGAUAAGAGAAGAGGAAUUGAUGUAAUUGAUAAAGCAAAUAAAUGGAAAAUCAAAAUUGCUCAGGAUAAGGAUGAGAUGUUGAAGAUCUUGCAAGAAUAUUCACACAACGAUCAACUUCGUGAGGAAAAUAUCUCAUUUGUUUCAAGCCAAUAUGCUAGGGAUACGUUUCUAGCUCCUGGCUCUAGCUCUAGUGCUGGCACUGGUGCUGGUGCUGGUGCUGACACUGCGACUAGCUCUAGCUCUAGUAUCAAGUCUAGCGAGAGUCCUUUUGGUGGUGAUACUGAUGGACAGAAAGAAGCCAAUGAAAAAUUCAUGCUUGCCUUGGCGUUAUGUCACACCGUUGUUACUGAAGAAAACGCGUCAGACCCAACAUUACGUGACUUUAAAGCCGAGUCACCCGACGAAGCAGCUUUGGUCUCGGUGGCUAGGGAUAUGGGGAUUGUUUUCAAAGAAAGAUUGAGAAACUCUUUAGUCCUUGACGUUUAUGGUAAAGAAAAGGAAUUUAAACUUUUGGAUGUUAUACCAUUUACAUCAGCAAGAAAGAAGAUGUCUUGCGUUGUCAAAACACCCCAAGAUGAAAUCAUUUUGCUCACCAAAGGUGCAGAUAAUGUAAUUUUCCAAAGGUUAGAUCCUACAAAAAACCCACAUCCUGUUGUUAGUAAAACCGCUUUAUAUUUGGAAGAUUAUGCCAACGAGGGUUUGAGAACUUUGUGUAUUGCUGAACGAAGAUUGAAUCCUGCAUGGUAUAACAACUGGUCCAAAAGGUACAAUGAGGCGAAUGCAUCGAUUGACGAAGAUAGGGAUGUAUUGAUUGAGCAAUUGGAGAAUGAAAUUGAAAACAAUUUGGUUCUUUUGGGAGGUACUGCAAUUGAAGAUCAAUUACAAUCAGGUGUUCCUCAAUCCAUAUCGAUAUUAGGUCAAGCUGGUAUUAAAUUGUGGGUUUUGACUGGUGACCGAAUUGAAACUGCAAUAAAUAUUGGUUUCUCUUGUAACUUGUUGGAAAAUGAGAUGAAACUACUUGUCGUUCGACCAGAUGAAGCACAACCCGAAAGCGUCGAUUUCCUAAAUGACGAAAUUUCAAAGUAUCUACAAGAAAAUUUCCAACUAGAUGUGCUGACUCCAGAAAAGAUUCGUCGUUUAGUCAAAAGGGCCAAAAAUGACCAUUCUACUCCAAAUUCUCGUUUUGCGUUAAUCAUUGAUGGUGCCGCAUUAAACCUUAUUUUCCAGAACUUGGAUGACCAUCCAAAUGAAUCGGUUAGAUUAAUAAGGGAAAAAUUUUUGCUUUUGGGUAAGCAAUGUAAAUCUGUCUUGUGUUGUCGAGUGUCACCCGCUCAAAAGGCCGAAGUCGUCAAGACGGUGAAGAACACUUUGAAAGUAAUGACGUUGGCUAUUGGAGAUGGUGCAAAUGAUGUUGCUAUGAUUCAAGCUGCAAAUGUUGGAGUGGGUAUAGCCGGAAAGGAAGGUCGUCAAGCUGUGAUGUCAUCUGACUAUGCAAUUGGACAAUUCAGGUAUCUCACCAGAUUGCUUUUGGUGCAUGGUCGUUGGGAUUACAAGAGAUUAGCUGAGAUGAUACCAUGUUUUUUUUACAAAAAUGUUGUUUUUACAUUUACUUGUUUUUGGUAUGGAAUUUACAAUAAUUUUGAUGGUUCUUACCUUUACGAGUACACGUAUCUUAUGUUUUAUAAUUUGGCAUUCACCUCGUUACCGGUUAUUGUAUUGGCUGUAUUAGAUCAAGAUGUUAGUGACACGUUGUCACUUUUAGUGCCACAAUUGUACAUUAGUGGCAUUUUAGGUAAGGACUGGUCCCAGUAUAAAUUUGUUUGGUAUAUGUUUGAUGGGUUAUAUCAAUCGGUUAUAUCAUUUUGGUUUCCUUAUUUAUUGAUGUAUAAAGCAUUUCAGAAUCCGCAGGGUAUGACAAUCGACCAUCGUUUUUUGAUGGGGGUGGCUGCUGUGAGUAUUGCUGUGACUUCUUGUAAUCUUUAUGUUUUGUUACAGCAAUACAGAUGGGAUUGGCUAUCCUUAUUGAUUAAUGCCUUGUCGAUCCUUGUGCUUUUCUUUUGGACAGGUGUAUGGAGUGCGGGUGGUCAUUAUUCAGGUGAGUUUUACCGUGGUGGUGCACAGACUCUAGGCACGUUGGCUAUUUGGUGUUGCAUAUUCAUUGGAGUUAUUGCAUGUUUAUUGCCGAGAUUCACAUUUGACUUUUUAGGAACAAAUUUUCAUCCAACUGAUAUCGACAUUAUUCGAGAGCAAGUGAGACAGGGUAAAUACGAUGAUUAUCCAGUUGGAUAUGAUCCCACGGACGCGGAUGAUGUUGAGAGGCAUAGAUUAUUAUGCGAGAUUGUUAAAACCGAUCCUGAGUUAUUUGAGAAGAUGGAAAAUGAAUAUAAGGAGCAAAAGCAUGAUUCUGAAAAUAAGCUUGAGCGAACAUUUAACACAAUCCGACGUCGCGCUGGUUCUCUCAAUGUUAGUACUCCUCGUUCAAGAAAGAAUUCGAUGCAGAAAAGAUUACGGAAAAACACAAUUAGUGACCAGUUCCAUAAGCAAAUACCGUUGGAAGUGUUGAGGGAAGAAAUGAUUCAAAAGGGGGAGUAUCAUACGGCAAGAAAUUCUUUAGAGAGAAUAAGCACUACUCAUGCCGUUCCCGGUUUAACACAAGCAGAAACUUUAAUGGAAUAUCAUACAAGAAACAGUAUGAGCAUAAUUCGUGAAUAA